AUGCCACCCAAGUUCGACCCCAACCAGGAGAUCACCAUCGUUGUGCGUGCCGUCGGUGGAGAGGUGCCCGCGGCGGCAGCACUCGCCCCAAAGGUCGGCCCGCUCGGUCUCAACGCGAAGAAGAUCGGCGACGACAUCGCCAAGUCCACGAAGGACUGGAAGGGCCUGAAGGUGACGUGCCAGCUGCGCGUGAAGAACCGCGUGGCCACCGUCUGCGUGACGCCGUCCGUCGCCUCGCGCCUCAUCCGCGCGCUGAAGGAGCCACCACGUGACCGCAAGAAGGUGAAGAACAUCAAGCACAGCGGCAACAUCGCCUUCUCAGAGGUGCUCAAGAUUGCGAAGGAGGCGUCCGCCAACUCCAUGGCCGCCAGCAUGAAGGCCGUCGUGAUGGAAGUCCUCGGAACUGCAGUCUCCAUCGGCUGCACCAUUGAUGGCGAGCACCCACGUGAUAUUCAGGCUAAGGUCAGCGAGGGUAAACUGAAGGUGCCCAACUAG